GCUAUGGCGGCCGCCAUGGAGGAGGAGCCCCAGGAGUCGCCGGAGCCGGCGGCGCGGGAGCCGCGGGUGCGGGACACGCCCGAGGACAUCUGUCUGGAGGCCACGGCCAACGCCAUCGCGCUGCACCCGGAGCGGCCGCUGCUGGCCGCGGGGGACGUGGACGGCGAUGUGUACCUGUACUCGUACUCCUGCACCGAGGGGGAGAACCGGCAGCUCUGGUCCUCGGGACAUCACCUCAAGUCGUGCCGGGACGCGGUGUUCUCCCAGGACGGGCAGAAGCUUUUCACCGUGUCCAAGGAUAAGUCCAUCCACAUUCUGACAACGGAGGAGGGACGGCUGGAGACUCGCUUCCCCAAGGCCCACGAAGCAGCUCUCAACUGCGUGCUGCCCAUCGACAACCACAUCUUCGCCACGGGUGACGACAGCGGGGCGGUGAAGGUGUGGGACCUGCGCAGGGGCAGCGCCAUCCUGGAGGCACGGCAGCAAGAGGAGUACAUCAGUGCCAUGGCUGUGGAUGGCAACGGGAAGAUCCUGCUGACAGCCAGUGGUGAUGGCACCCUGGGUGUCUUCAACGUGAAGAGACGGCGCUUUGAGCUGCUCUCGGAGCCGCAGAACGGCGACCUGACCUCUGUGGUGCUGAUGAAGAGAGGGAGGAAGGUGGCGUGUGGCUCUAGCGAAGGCACCAUCUACCUCUUCAACUGGGACGGCUUUGGGGCUGCCAGUGACCGCUUUGCACUCAGGGCAGAGACCAUUGACUGCAUGGUGCCCAUCACGGACAGCAUCGUGUGCGUGGGGUCCCUGGACGGAGUCAUCAGGGCGGUGAACGUGCUGCCGAACCGCGUGCUGGGCUGCGUGGGGCAGCACCUGGGCGAGCCCAUCGAGCAGCUGGCCGUGGCGGCGGACGGGAAACUCCUGGCCAGCAGCGGCCACGACCAGAAGGUGAAGUUCUGGGACGUGUCGGCGCUUGGCUCCAUGGUGGUCGAUGAUUACCGGCGGAAGAAGAAGAAGGGCGGGCCGCUGCGCGCCCUCAGCAGCAAGGCGCUGGGCAGCGGGGAGGAUUUCUUCGCUGACCUGCGGGACGAGGCCGAGCCGGAGGCGGCGGCGGCGGAGGACGGUGACAGCAGCGACAGCGACUGA